AUGAGCUCUGACCGUGACACAGACUCCGACUCUGAUUACACGGAUAGUGAUAAAACGUCACUCAGAACCUCUCGUGGACGCUGUCAAUGCUCGUGUAGGCAGAAUGUUCCGAUCGAUGUUCGUUGUCGGAUUCAUGCCGUUAAGUUGAGAGGUCAAAGUUCAGCUUUAAAGCUUCUAGCUCACGUAUUUGGUCGCGGUCUAAAAAUAGAGGACAUUUGUCAUAUUCAUCUUCGGCGGCUGGCCGGUGGUCUCGGGCUGAAAACGAACUUCUCAGGAAGCCUUUUGCGCGACCGCCUGGCGAGAGUAUAUGAGAAUCGAAAAGACAUUCGGGUUUUGACGACUGGCAACAAUACUUUCUCCUGGUUCCGACGUGAUUCACGUCCCGUAAGGGAAGAAGAUCUUCUCAGCGCAUAUCGGUUCUCGUCAAUCCCUGUAAAAACGUUCAGCUUUGACGCAAGGGCCGUGUUUGGCCGCUUCCUUGGCAGAGAUGCGGAUGGCAUUCAAGAGGCCUGGCAUUCUAAUGGGUCGAUUACCGUCCCAGGGAUAUUUCGCUGGUGGUGGGAAAGCCAAUCUGGUCUCAUCGCGAAAAUCGUCCAAGAUGAAUUCGACAUGUACGAUCAUCAUCUUCAAGCUUCAAAUGGGAAGCCUAAUUAUGGGUGGUUGCGCAACAUGUUCCAUUCGUUAGCACAGCAGCUGAUGCGACAAGAUCCCGUUUAUUAUGCCCUCUACUGCGCUCUUCGUCCAGACCAAGCUUGGCGUCUGAUCAGUUAUCCUUAUUACACCAAGUACGCUCGUCAGAACGAUUCCACUUAUUUUCGCCACAUUGAUAUUAACAUACCUCGAUGGAUUGAGACGGGCGUGGGGGGAAACUUGAUCCAGGGCAGCAUGUCCCUGGAUGAUGAAGAUGAGCUAAACACGACAGAGCUGUUGAUGGGUAUGCAUCAUCACCUGCAUACCUGGUGGGCCCUCGUUGAGGAACGCGGUCUUUCGGUUCGAGCUCCAGUAAUUCGAAUCACAGAUGCAAUGUAUACGGCGGAGGAUCAGGAUCGGUUUGGUUGUCGCUGGACCGCUCAACCCUGCAAAGCUGGUGACGUUCGCAUUACCUCGCCCCUGCUUCCACAUGGAAGCACCGGCCCUGCCACCCGCCGUCGAAGGACCAUGCUUCCUUGGUUCGUCGCGAUAGGUGACGAUCAUCUUACUCUUGAUGUGCAAGAAUCAGGAACGUGGGAAGAUCUCGCAGCUGCACAUCGUAACCUUGAAUGUGCCCCGCGUACGCCGUCAGGUAAGCCGGUCCUAUAUGCAAAAGCGCCAUACCGCUUUCCCGCGGCUACAGAAUUGAUGAACCUAGGCGCUCUAUCAGACGCUUUGGUUGGCCGCAGGCAAUGGACGUCCCCCGCGGUGAUGGCUGAACGUGAUCUGGUACUGGGACGAGAUGAUAAGGCCGCGCUGGCCUACGUGGAGAAUUGGCGGAAGAAUGCGCUCCUGUCGUUUUCCCAAGCUUGGUCGUUAGUUGUUGCAGCAGAAAAGGCCAGAUUUGGGACUCAGUCUUACUUUUAUUGUCGGGAUCAUGAUGUCGAGCCCGUGAGCGGCUGA